AGAAGGGAGAAGAUUUUGAGGAUAUUUGUUUGGACUUAACGUAUUUUCGUUGUGUUAUAACGAUUGAUUUGGUUAUUUCAACGUAUAUUCAGUGUGGAUGUAUUGAUAAGAUCGAGUAUAGUGAGUAAGAUGUGAAUAUUACCAUUUUAGACAAAGAUUAUAAACUGACUGACCAAUGGCUGUUCUCGUUACCUCCCUUCUAACAUCAACAAAUUUGUUAUGACCAAACAAGUUCUUAUUAUUGGUCAUUCCUUUGUGCGGAGAUUUGAACAUUUUGUUUUAAACAAUUUGGACAGCCGGGUGAACGAAAACUUGAAUUUGAAUAGGGAUGAGGUUCAGAUUUGUUACAGUGGACAUGGUGGCGCUUCUCUAGAGAGGAUUCGCGCUCUUGGACUCGCUUACGUAAGGGAAUACAGCCCGGAUGUUGUCAUUAUUCAUGCCGCUUCUAAUGACUUGUGCAAACCUGAGAAAACUGUUGACAUUAUUUUUAGACAUUUAGUUGAAUUUAUUGUGGACCUACGGUAUGGAGAAUCAGUAAAAUCCGUGGUAAUUUUACAAACAUUGCACAGAAUUGCUCCCCUAAGGCGCACACGCUACGAGGUCAAUUUGCCUUGGUUCAACAGCAGGGUGGAUGAACUGAAUAGGAGGAUAUCAGAUUACACAAAGCAAGUUGAUGGUGCUGAAUUCUUCCGUCUCUCAGGAUUUUGGAACCCCUCUACUAAGUCCGGUGUAUACCUUGAUGAUGGUGUCCAUUUAAAUAAGCAAGGAAACAUCAAAUAUUACAAUAACAUUAAAGCUGUUGUUGUUUCUGCUCUAAAAUCUCUGCACAAUGAUGAAUCAGGGUGGGAGAGGUCGGCGAAGAAAUAGGACUGUUCCUCCUGCCGCAGCUGGAUCAGCUACACAAAGGGUAGUGAUGAAUGAGGAAGUAGAUGGUAGCUCCCAGAAUGCAGUGCAGCUUCAGGUCCCACCUAUACAGCCGCAAUUGGUAGCAGCAGUGACCGAGCAGGUGCUACAGGCCCUUUCCAAAGAGGAGAAAAGGGGUACUAAAAGGAGCAAAGGUCAAAAAAGUUCCAAACAUAAAAAACCGAGAACGCCAAGCUCUUCAGGUUACCCUUAAAACAAAAUAUGGCAAGAAUUCAAGGUAGGAGAACCUGUAACUGUGAAAAUAUUGGAUUUUCAUUGGCUGCAUCCAUCACUGAAGAAAUACUCUUUGUUCCUAUUUUCUCUUAUGGAGAAUUACCUGAAAACUCCGUAUUCAGUUCCUACAUCAUUCUUGGAAUAAAUAUUAUGGCAAGAUUCCUGGGCCUCGUGACAAUGAUAUGUGCAGUUGUGUGUAUUGUAUUUGCUAAGAGAGAUUGUAUAUUCAGUGUAAAUCGAUCCUCCGUUAGGAACAUUACGUUGACU